UGAGUCUGGAUCUCAAAGCAUCUUCAGUGCAGAUCAGGAAAUCCGCAGAGCAGUUAUCCAAAAAUAAAAAAACGCCUGGAAAAAUUCAGGAAGUUAGCUCUGUGAGGUGUGAGGAGACAGGAAAACUCCACAAAGAAAUAAAUAUGUCUUGCUGUAGCUGCUUUGUGUUUGGCUGAUUUAAAAAUACCAUGGAAAGCUCAUCCAAAAGUCCUAGUCAGGAAUGAGACUUCAGAAUUUAGAAGUGAGAUCAUCUGACCUGGUGCUCCCAAAAUAUGGACAGAGUCUGCUUGAGGAUUCAAGGGCUGAAAUAAGAAAUUUGGAGACUGUGAUUGACUCACAAAGGAAACACAUCGAGGAACUAGAACAUGCCAGAGAGAUUCUCGUGAGUCAACUGAGGAGGAAAGAAAAGGAGAUCGAAGACUCUCUGCUAAGGCUGAAAGAGCAAGGCACAGCGAGCCAAAGGCUGAACAUUCAGGACAAUGUGGAAAUGAUCAAGGUCCGUAAACAGCUGGUUGAGAAAAGCAAUGCUCUGUCAGCUAUGGAAGGAAAAUUCCUCCAGCUUCAAGAGAACCUAAAGAAUUUGAGGACCAACCACGAUGCUUUAUUAGCCAAAGGUGAUGAACUGAAUGCCCAACUUAAAGAGGAAAGGUUAAAGUGCUUCCAUCUUCAAAAAGAAUUGCAAUCAGUAACUAUUUCCAACAGGAGGACAGAAGAGUUACAGGAAAGAAUAAAUUAUCUAGAAAAAGAGAAUGAACUCUUGAAGGAAAACUAUGAUAAGCUGCAUAAUAGUGUCUUCAGCCUGCCCUACGACCAGCAGUGGAAAGCAAAGGAGCAGCAGCUGAAACUGCAGAUUGCUAAACUAGAGACAGCUAUCAGGUCUGAUUUAGCAGACAAAAACGAAAUCCUUGACAAGAUUAAAGUAGAAAGAGACCAAAAGGAAAAGCUGAUGCAAGACAACAAGGACCUUCAGUCAUGCUACCUGGAACAAAAGCAACAACUAGAUGAUCUGAAAAAUCAAGUAAAGUUUUUGACCAAGGAAAGUGAUGUUGAUGUGGCAGAACUCAGUGAAGCUCUCUUGCUUAUAAAGGAUCGAAAGCAGCAGAAGAAUGGGGACCCUCUGUUUGUGGAAAAACCAGAAGAUGAGAUCCAUAAAGAUUCAGAACACUCCAUAAGGGAGCUGCAGUUAACACAUGCAGAAACAGUGCAAGAACUCGAAAAGACAAGGAGUAUGUUAAUUAUGCAGCACAAAAUUAGCAAAGAUUACCAGACUGAAGUAGAAACAAUGACUAAAAAGAUGGAAAGGAUACAGAAAGACUCUGAGUUCAAACUGGAACAGUAUGCCCACCUUCUUGAUAUCAGAGCUGCACGGAUCAGAAAACUAGAAGCCCAGCUAAGAGAUAUCGUCUAUGAUGCAAAAUCAGCCAAGUCCAGACCAGAAAUAUCACCAGGUGAUCCCAUGGAUGGAUUUGUUGAAACUAUUCCUUUAGAGAAAGGAGAGAACCUUUUUGAAAUCCAUCUCAGCAAAGCGAUCUUCUCUCCCGAAGCCAUGCACGCUUUUGGUGACCAGGAGCCUGCAACUUUCUGUACUUAUGCAUUCUAUGACUUUGAACUUCAGAUAAGCCCAGUGGUCCGGGGAGGUGCCCCCUCCUAUGACUUCACUUCUCAGUACCUGGUGCAGGCUGACGACACCUUCUUCCACUACAUCCAGCAGAGCAGCGUCACCCUGGAGCUGCACCGCGCCUUCGGCGUCGAGUACCACACAGUGGCCACCUGCCACCUCAGCUUCCAGGACAUCCUGGAGAGCAAUGGCAAGAUCUACAGCACAGCAAAUUUAGUUGGAAAAACAGGACAUGUUCAAAAUUACGGUACCAUAGAAUACUGGGUCAGGUUACAAGUUCCUAUGGAUCAAGCUAUUAUUCCUUACAAGCAGACAUCCAAUUUUAGGGAACAUGAACAACCAUCCCAGAAACCAACCCCCAGACGGAGGCAGCGAGCAGCACAAGCAGACAGGAGGGUCUCUUUUCUGGAUCUCAGCACAAUACAGGGAGCACGUGUGGUGCAGGAGGUUCAGCAGCCAUCAGAUGAUCAGGGGAAGGAGGUGGCUGAAGAAAUUCAGCAGGGAAAAGAAGAGCUCUCACAUCUCUCUGAGCAGCAGUUACCUGAGCAAACAUCAGCUCCUGCAGAUGAGACAGAAGUAAUUGAAGAACUGGAACCAGAAGAUCAAGAUGACAGACAAGAGGAUGAUGCUGUUGAAUCAAUAAAAACUGACAGUGAUGACUGUAUUAUUUCAAGUCCAGUAUCCACAAAUAUUAAACAGCUGAAUCAGAGUAUAUAUGGCAAUUUGGAAGCGGAAAAAAUCCGGAUUAAAAUCACCUCCCUUGGUCUGAGUGAAUCCCGGAUUACCUGGGAUGAAACGAUCCAGCAGCUGUUUGUGGAAUGCAGAUUAAACAAUUUCCUUGCAGAGGAGACCCCCCUGUCACUUCCCAAACCCACGGGUGGGCAGAGGAUCCACUAUAACUACAGCACUGUGAUAAAUGUGGAUAAGGCACAUAAUGGUGCAGAAAGAGAGUAUCUCAAGUCGAUUCUUCUGAAGCCAGACCUACCUGCUGACAGCCUAAAAUUUACAGUGGUCAGUGAUCCCCCAGAAGACGAGCAGGACCUUGAAUGUGAGGAUAUUGGUUUUGCUUAUGUCAGUUUGAAAGAGAUAUUCCAGAAGCAAAGAGAUAUCAUUGAGCAAGAGAUUGAUGUUUUCGAUUCCCAGGAUGCCAGUGCAGUGAUUGGCAAGCUCACAGUGACAGUGGAGGCCCUGCAGGCCCUGUGGUCAGUCCAUGAGGAAUGCAGGAGGGACUGAGAGUGGCAGAGGGACCUUUGCCUGCAGAAGUUCCUGCUCCCCGUAUAAAGACACGUUGAUGGGGCAUCAAAGAUGAGAUCUUUGUCAUUCUUACAGUAUAUUUAAUAUAUCAUUUAUAUGAAAAGGAUGCUUGAUGUGCAGGUGUACAAUUUGGUAUGCUCUUCACUCUGUUUUCUUAUUUUUAAGGACCUUGCUGAAUCAUACAUCAAGCUUUCAGCAGUUGAUAGUAUCAAGGUCUAACUCAGUCCUAGCAGUCUGUUUUCAAACCAGACCUGCUUGUAAAGGAUCAGAUACCAGCUGAGGGUACUUUGUCUAAAGAAGUAAGUGAUGAAGCUACAAACAGAAAUGCUUGUAGAUUUUUACUCAGAGUAGUUCCAUGCCAGUACUCCCUGGGGACAGGGUCACUGGUGUUGGCAGUACCUGGGCACUCUGCAGGAUUAGCUGCUGUGUCAGACCACAGCUCAGGGCUGUGUCCAGUGCUGCUGGAAACCCCCAAAGCUGGAGCCUGCUCAGCUCCUCUGUGCACCCUGUUCCAGUGCCUGACUGUCCUCAGACUGAGAAAAAGGAGAUGCAUUUCUAAACAUUACUUCAGUCCAAAUCAAAGCCAGAGCUAGAUCUAAGCACGUGGAGCAGCUUUGGCACUUAAUGUACCAUCUAACAAUUUAAUUUUAUUUUUUUUUUAAAUUCUGGAGAUGGCAUAAAUAUGACCAUGUUUGUCAUUUGUUUCAGCCAUUUAACAUUUUGCACAAAACCAAAAAUAACGAAGCAUUUUAGUGUUGAUUUUCAUGGUUUGCAGUAUGCCAUCAAAUUACCAUCCAGUUUUAUGAAGCAGUUGAUAAAAACCAGGUGUUAUUGUUAACAAUGUGGUUUGCUCAGAUAAUUUUUCUGUAUAUUUCAGUGUUAAACAAUUUGUUAUGGUUUAUUCCUGGGUUGUUUGGGGUUUUUUUAUAUUAGACUUAAAUUAUUUUAAGACUAAGGAAACAAACCAAUAAAUCAAACAGAUCAGUCUUACACUGAAAUUAUCUUCAUAAGUUUCAUUCAUGAAUUCUUCACACAUUUUAGAUUUUCAAAGAUUUUCCCUGAGCUGUGAGAAACAGGGAUAUAAAUCUGUAACCUCUGUCCACACCCAUUCUGUGUCCAGCAUCAAUAGCUGCAAGACAGGUCUUGCACAUGAUCUAGCAAUGAUUUGUUUAACAUUUUUGUGGAUUUGGAAAACAACCUGUUUUCUGUUUAGACAAACUGUCAUUCUUGUUGAAUGCAAAAUUAUUUCCUUAUGUAUUAAAGUCACAAGAACUUGAAAAAAUGUUGGGAAAAUGUGGUCCUUCUACUACAAAAAAACUCAAAGUGAACCUUCUUUUGCUUGAAAGACUGUUAUCAACCAGUAGUUAUUCUGAUUACUGACUCAUAAACUUGCUGAUAGCCUUUGACUUCAGUUAUAAUGAACAACAGAAAAUGUUUUACCUUGUGUAUAGGGCAAUUUUCCCAGAGAAAUUAAAGGAGACACCAAUCAGCAUCUGACUCCAAACACACAGUGCAUGAACAGUAAAUAAAAAUCAGCAAACUCAAUAAAAGAACUUCAGAAAAUCUUUACAGGAAAUCUUCCUACA